AUGACAGGAAAAUCUUCAUCUUGGAAGCUAAUAGCUAAGGCAACCAUUUUGGCAAUCAUUGUAGUUGCAGCAACACUCCCUUGUGCCAUCUCUGGCGACGGAGCCCUAGUGCCCGCCACCAAGGCUGCUGUCAAGGAUUGGUUUCAACAGAACGUUCAGCCCGCUGUUUCAAGAAAAGACUUGGACCCCGACCUUGUCGAGGCAGAGAAAGACGAGCCCAAGAUAAUCAAGGUCAGGCAAGAUGGCUCUGGUGACUUCAAAACCAUCACAGAGGCCUUGAAAAGCAUUCCCCAAGGCAACAAAAAAAGAGUUGUUGUCCACAUUGGUGGUGGAACGUAUAAUGAGAAAGUCACGGUUGACCGAACCAAGCCAUUUGUCACGUUUUAUGGGUCACCUAAUGAUAUUCCUACCAUAGUGUUUAGCGGCACAGCUCUCAAAUAUGGCACCGUCGACAGCGCUUCAAUGAUUGUGUUUGCUGAUUACUUCAUUGGUGCGAACCUUAUCAUUUCGAAUUCAGCACCAAGGCCAGACGGAAUUAUGAAGGGUGCGCAGGCAGUGGCACUCAGAGUUGGGGGCGACAAGUCAGCAUUUUAUAACUGUAGAAUUCUUGGAUUUCAAGACACGCUUUUGGAUGAUAAGGGAAGACAUUUCUUCAAGGAUUGCUACGUUGAAGGCACUGUUGAUUUCAUCUUCGGCGAUGCUAAAUCUAUUUAUUUGGAUUCGGAAAUACAUGUAAUUCAUGGCGACCAAGAAGCCAUGAUAACAGCACACGCAAGGAAAGGCACGGAUGAGGAUGCAGGCUACGUAUUCCUCCACUGCACCAUCACUGGCAAAGGUGGCCAUGCCUACCUGGGCAGAGCUUGGUUCCCUUACUCCACUGUGAUUUUUGCCUACACUGAAAUGAGUGAUGCGGUUAGAUCUGAAGGAUGGUCCAACGACAAACAUCCAGACUAUGAAAAGACGCUUGUAUACGGAGAAUACAAAAAUACUGGUGUUGGAGCUAGUCCUGAUGGUCGGGUUAAAUUUGCCAAACAACUAAGUGAUGCGGAAGCAAAGCCCUAUCUCAGCCUUGGCUACAUUGAGGCUUCCAAGUGGUUGCUUCCUCCUCCCAGCCACUAG